AUGGAAGAAGUUGAACAGGACCCAGUUGAGGACAUGUGUGAUGCGAUGGAGAUCCCCAAGCUGGAAGUCACGAAGCAGAACCUGGACUACCUGAACUCAGACCUCGAAAAGGACCUGCAGAGGCUGGACCAGGAAAAUCAGGUUCUUCUGAAACAGAUUCAAGAGAAAGAAGAAAUUAUCCAAAGUUUGGAAAGGGAGAUCACCCGGUCAGUAGGCCUCGCCAACGAGAAGGACGAGCUGAGCAGCACCUUCGAGAUGGAGGACGCUCUGAGGGACGUGGAAUUGGAGACAGCAAAACUGGAAAAACACAAUAAGAUUCUAAGCAAGAAUGUGCUGGAGCUUCAGAAGCAGGUAUCGAGGAGAUUGAAGAAGGGUGGCAUUGAUACAGGAACCCUCAAGCAAAUGGUGACAGAAUCAAAGGUAAGACUCCAAAAGGCAACAGAGUUCUGUGCAACUCAAGAGAAGGAACUGGCCAAGUUAGAAAGUGACUACCAAUCUGUGUAUCAGCUCUGUGAAGACCAGACCCACUACAUCAAGAAAUACCAGGAAGUUCUGAGAGCUAUGGAACAGGAAAAGGACACGAAACUGCUUGAAAAAGAAGUAUCCAAAGCCCAGAAUAAUUUCUCCCAAAUUGUAAAACCUGGGUCAAUUUUGGUGGAAACCAUCCAAAGCAACAUGGAGAGAAAAAUCAUUAAGAAACAGAGGAAGAUCUUCUGGUACACGCAUUUUCGCUGUCUGGUCUUCUUCAGCACGAUCUUCCUUAGACUGUUGGGUUAUGUGCUUUUCCAUCUACAGUGCAUAAAUCCCAACCUUUUUGCGGAGACCCUGCCCAUGGUAAUGAGCAGAAGCACCCUGAAGAGCCUAAGGGACUUCUUGUCCCCCUUCCUUACCCUGGAGGUGGAGGAAGUUCUACCACACUAG